AAAAAAAAAAAUAGAUGGCCCCUCAACCCGUUUAAAAUUACUGCCUCUCCAAAAAAAAAAAAAAAAAAAAAAGAAAAUUCUUUGAAUUGUUUUGAUGCAGUCCAAAGGGAAUCUAUUUUCCGAGUUAUUUUCUUAUAUAAAUCUCCCCCUUCUCUCUUUGUCUCCCCCCCUUUUUUUUAAAUACAAAAAAAAAUGAGUCGAUUGAACGAGGUGAAACAGCGAAAUACAUUUGAAGCACGUUAUGAGAAAUUGUACACAUUGGGUAAAGGAAAUUUUGGUAAAGUCUAUUUAGCCGAAGAUAGAAAAUCAGGGCAGCAGUACGCCGUCAAGGUAGUCGAUAAAAAACUAUUCAAAUCUGGUGACCAAAAGCAACAUGCGCAACGGGAACAAAUGAUAUGCGAAACAUUUGCUAGUGGAUUAAAUCACAAACAUAUCGCUCAAGUCCAUGAAGUUCUCACUGAAAAUGAUUCCAUCUAUGUCGUUAUGGAAUACGUGGAGGGCGGUGAGUUGUUUGAUAAGAUAAAACAGUCUAAAGGUUUGGCUGAACCAACUGCACGAAGGUGGUUUCGUGAAUUAAUUGAAGCCGUCGAAUACAUUCAUGAUCACAAUAUUGUUCAUCGAGAUUUGAAGCCUGAAAACGUCUUGAUUGACAAGACGCAGAGUAUCAAGCUAUGUGAUUUCGGAUUUGGUAAUGUAGUAAGAGAACAACAUGAGGUACUAAGUACCUACUGUGGCAGUCCAUUUUAUGCAGCCCCUGAGAUGGUGACAGCUACUCCGUACCGCGGUCCUCCGGUUGAUCUCUGGAGCUGUGGUGUGAUACUCUAUGCGAUGUUGACGGGUUCUUUACCCUUUCAAGGUGACGAGAUGCCACAGCUAUUUCAAAAGAUCAGCCGAGGCCAAUACACGAUUCCAUCGUAUGUGACACGGGAUGCCAGUGACCUGAUACAGCGGUUAUUAUGUCGAGAUGCAAGUGAGCGUAUCACAGCUAAAGAUUGUUUAUUGCAUCCAUGGCUGAUGCCACCUACCAUGACACGUUGUUCUUUAUUCACAUCAUCACAACUGACCUUGAGUAGUCGCUUGACGAAUUUCUCGAACCGAAAGAAAGUAGGUGUCUUUUCCGAGGGUUCCUCCCUUUCCAUGACAACCUUACAUGAAUCGACGGCCAAGGCAACGAGUUUACAUACAACGGUGUGUUCUACCCUGACGUCGGAAAAGAAAUUGAUGCGCACAUCACGCUUCUUUAAGAGGAUCUUUAAAAAGAAAUCACAAGUCGCUCCGCUCAUGGAUCAUCAUGAUGAGAAACGAUUGAUAAAAUCAAGAUUUAUCGGUCGAUUUAAAGGAUUCUUCAAAAGUUCGUUUCAAAAACGUAUCACAUAAUAAUUUAUUGGUUUUAUAUAAAUAAUUGUAGUUUCCUUUUUACGUUGUGUGUAC